AUGGCGUUCCCGGUGGUACUGGAGACGGCUGAUAAGUGCCCCCUGGCGGAUUUUGUGAGCAGCUCCGGCCCCGAGAAGGUGCCAUACGUGUUCAUGCCUCUGAAACACCAGCUGGUCCAUCCUACAGCAGAAGUGGCACUGCUUGGCCUAGAGCACGGAGGCACCCCCCUCCUCUCCCCCGUGUGCGUGGUCACGAAGGGGAGCAUCCUGACGCAGGCGGGUUGGAGGAACAUGGCCAAUACUUCGACUUUCGAGCCGCCCUUUAGGCUCUUCCGCGACGGUGGGCGUACGUACGUGCAGUGGGUGGGCGAGGAGGCGGAACGGACGGCAGCGGAAGGGCGUCUGGUCCUCGUCACCCUGAUCUGCCGAGAUGCCGCCAAGCCCAGCACGCCCGUAUUCCGCCCGUGCUUAGCCUUCAGGGUCGCCGGCAGCCCAGGAGCAUCUGAAGCCGCCCUUUCCGCCCCCGCACGUGGACAAGGGGCGGGCCUCUCGUCAGCAGAAGGGGCCAUCAUAGGUCUUGUGGUCACCUGCUUAUCCGUGACCUACGUUGUGGCCAUGACGGUGUAUAUUAGGGUGAAGAAGAGGAAGGAGAGGGAACAGAAUAUAAGCAAGCUAGCGGAGGAGGGCCUUCGGAGUUCGAAAAGCCGCUCCGGACGAGACCACCGCCGCCCACGCCACACCCGCCCUUCGCUCGUGUCCUCCGAGGACGACUCCGAACACGAGGACAUCGAGGACCUGUCCCUGGCUUCGAGGUCGAGGAGAGCCAGUAGGGCCGGGAACAGCAUCAGCUUCACCACGGCGGUCGUCCACGGGGAGGGGGAGAUGACUGGCCCCCACCCCACCCACGACGCGGCAGACGGCAUCGAGAGGGCGCCCAGGUCUCCCCUGGCGGUCGUCGAGACGUUCGACGAAGGCAGCGUGGGCGGCAGCGGAGCGCGGGCGGUGGGCGUGGUGUCCCCCGUCGAACAGCGAGAGGGCGGGCCAGACGACAUUCACGCGGCUCAUGCUAAAAGGAAACUCUACUUCAAUCCGGCUUAUUUUGAGCCAGAGAUGCUGCAGGCGCCUCCUCCGGCAGCAAUCGAGUUCCUGACGCGGAUCCGCGAGAUGAUCACCAUCGCCAAGUCCAAGAUGAAGGCAAAGACGUACCACCCGAGCCUCGUGGACAUCCCAGAAGAGGAUUACGACUGCCAGUCCCGCCCCUUGAGCAGGUCCACCGCCACCUCCAGCAGGAUCACGGUGGCCAUGGACGACCUCCAAGACGGCGGCGACGGCGAGGCGGUGUAUGCAAGCGACCACAGCAUCCAGAGUGACUCCCUGGAGCGACGCCCACGCGAGGACGACAGCCGCAGUUCCACGCUCAAGAAGCUAGCCAAGCGCGUCAACAGCCACGGCCAGAGCAUCGUCAGCGAGAUCAUUAGGACCCUCGACCUGAAGCCCCGUCUCCCGGCGCCCGUGGAGUCCGUCUACAUCGCCCACACACCCCCCAGGAGGCCUUCCGCGCCCAAGCCCCCGCCGCCCAAGCCUGUGAAUGCAAGGGAAGAGACUCCGCUCGAGACCGACGACGACUUCCCGGAGCUCAUCAAGCCGUCCAUGCUCAGGAGUGUCUUGCGGGACGGGAAGAGACUGACAGAUCUUAACAACACCUUCGAGAACUUCCGUCAGGAGAUGAUGGCCACCUUCAACAGAAUGAAGAAGGUUGGCGAGGCCAUCUCGCCCAAGUCGACGCUUCAGAGAGUCAAGAACAGAAACAAGGCGGAGGCUUCCCCAGCCGGCACAUUAGAAAAGGGAAAGUCACAAGCAACGUCAAGUGAGGGUAAGGUACAGAAAUGGCUGCAGACCCUCGAAAACAAGAACAUGUAUUCCAGAAUGUCUGAGACAUCUAAUGUCGUCUUCGACUCCCGCAAAGCGAUGCCGAGAAGUAACAGCCCGCCGCCUCUCCCGCAGAAGGGAAGCAAACCUCCGACGCCACCCAGGAAGAGCAGAGCGCCAGCACAGCGAAGUAUUUCGUUUAAUGAGGCGAAGGAGCCAACACUUCCGUCGCCAGAGGAAUCUGGCCAUUCAAAAGGAACCAAUAAAGCCCGCUCACCAGGAAACAGCACACAGGUGACCAGAUCCCUCUCGUGGCAGAAUGAACAUCGUCACUAUGACUCAAACCCACGUCGUUCACGCCAGCAGAUGCCCUUGAUGCCGGAGGAUAGCUUGAAUACGUCCUUUGGCUCUGAAGAUGACUCCCUGAACGACCUGCUCAGUGAGGCAGAGGCUAAAGUUCCCAAAAUGAUCCCAAGUGACUCUGACAGCGUUUACUCAGACACAAAACCACGUUCUAAGGAAAAGAAGGCUAGCCAUAAGGAGGAGAUAGACACGAAUUCCAAAUCUCUCUCCAGACAGCUCCCUCGAGAGGAGGAAAUAACAGAACGUAAUGAGAUUUUCAACAAGAAUACUGGAGCAAAGACCAUGUCUCGGCUGGCCAAGAAUGGCGAUAAUGCUUACGAAGAGAGAAAUAAUAACAGCAUCACUAGCGAGGACUAUGACGACCAUACUUAUGAAGAAAUACAAUUCCCAAAUAAUGGCAAGCAAAAGAGGAGGGCUCCCCCCAAGCCAAAGAAUAAUAACGUAAGUGAAGUUCACAUCGACAAUAAGAACGAUGAUGAUGAUGGCCACUACAGCAUAUACAGUAACCCAGAAUCUUUAGUGAGUGAAGUGACAAUCCUUGGUGAAGAGAAGUGUUCGAGCCCCAUUUACUCAGGUUGCAAAGUGACCAUCCCUGUGACAGAUAACGGGAAUGGCAACACAGACGAUAAAGACAAUGGCUUCGACCAGGACACUCUAGAGAGAAGAGGCAAAAAGGCAGAACGCAGCAACAGCAUUGUGCAAGAUUCUUUGGAGAGGCCUAAGGUUAAGAAGCGGACUUUCGCUAAUCAUGAGAACAGCUUGGAGCGGGCAAAGGCUCAGAGGAGACUGUCCUUCCCAGGUGACAAAAACAGAGGUGAUAAGAGUCUGCUGGACAUUUACGCGUCUAGAAGCAGUAUCAGAAGCCUGAGGAGCAUCAAGAGUGACAUGCACGAUCCUUCAUAUUCUCCUAUCACAUUUUCAAACCCAUCUUCUCCCACCAAGACUGAAUCUUUCUACUUCAAAAACAUUAGUAACAACACUAACCUUGGCGUCAUCAAAAAUAGUGAACCAUCAAAGAAAUUAAGAACAUUCAAAGACUACCAAGAAAUGAACUUUCACCGUGGGUCUUCAGAUUCUUCGGAGACAAGCAGCAGUCCUCUCCCUGUCACAGGUUCCAGCAUAAGCGUGAACUUCCGCAGUACAAGUCCGUCCAACAAGGAGCACAGGGAGCUCAAGCCACCUCUGCCCCCGAAACACACACGCCCCACAGACCCCAGUGAGAAUGCUUCUCCUGGACUUCCCCCCAAGAACCGGAUUGCUCGACCCCCUCUGCCACUUAAGGCAUCCAGGAGGUCCGACUCAUCCGACUCGGAACCUGAGAGACCAAAGCUUCCUGAAAAGUCUCGCAAGAAGGCUUCACUUGAAACUCUGUCGCGGUCGUCCAGUGGAAGCUCCAUCCCUGAGCUGACCGAGGAGGAAGCUCGGUCUAUCCUACAUGGAUUGUUAGCACACACACAGCCUGAUGCCAACCGCCUCUCACCUCUUCAUGAAGAAGACGAUAAUGAUGGACAUUUUUUAGGGGUAAGGAACACUGUCGCCGACUCUAACACUCGGCCCAGUGUUCCUUACUACGACACAUUUAGCUCUGGAUCUCAGAAUAGCCUAACACCCACUUCCUCGUCCUCAUCCCCGAGAAGCGAUGACAUUGAAGAAACAGGUUCCAAUACCCUUGGCAGAGAGGUGGAGCACAGCCUCGACCGCCAGCUGCUACGACGACAGGACAGUUCUUGUGAGCCGGGAUCCCCAGGGAGUGAAGCCCGAGUGAGCGGAGAGUUCAUUCUUUCCACCACCGGCAAGUCGCCAUCACUCCGGAGGCAGAGCUCACUGAGCCGCGAACAGACGAGUGGCUUCCUGGCCAAGCUUCGAGACAUCACCGACGAUGAUGUCGAUGGCGAAACUUUAACCAAAGGCAUGGAAAUUGCCCUCGCUCUGAAGGCCAAGUCUGACCUCGAGAAACACUUCAAGGAGAAGAGCGGAGCGGACAGCAUUAAAAGGACCUGGCGGAAAAUCAUAGAGAAAGUCGACGACUCGAAGGAGGACAAAGACAAGAUCUCAAUCAUGAAGUUCCAGCAAUACAUGGCCAGUCUGGAACGCAAGGAGAAGGAAGCGAAGCUGAAACAGGAAGACUCCGGCUACCACAGCACUGAUUCCAGCGAGUCGGCCAACAGCAAGAACAGCUUGGCCUCCACAGCAUCUUUGGGCGAGUCUCCUUUGGCGGCCCCUCCUGAGCUGCCUCUCCAGAUAGGGACCGGAAACCGUCCUGUUCGCUCCCUCUCGUAUACCUCCAGCCUGCAACGCCCCCUCUUCCAGCGAUCCAUGUCCCUCCAGCAGCUCGGCCAGAGCUCCAGUCAGCUCGAGCUCUCCCCGCGAUACGAAACCGGAAGCUUCAAGAGAGCGAGCAUGAGGGCUUCACUCGGACGAAGGCACCAAGGGGCGGAGAUGGAUGGCCUGUCCAUUUACGUCAACAACUCCUUCGCUGCCGAUGAUGAUGGCGACCACGGCAAUGUGGCGCUGUGAAGGGGGCGUUCACACCAGCACAUAAGAGUGAGCGCAGCACCACGAGGAUCAAGUAUAUGCUACAGAAAGCAGUGAAAGUGAUCAUAUUAUAUCCUUGUGUGUGUAUUGACAAUUGCCUCAGUGCCUUUGUAGUGAUCAGUCAGACACUUCCUUGCAGUGUACAGUUGUAAACUAAUAUUUAUGUUUUUUGAUAAACUGGAAGUAGAUUUAGAAUACGUUGUUGCUCCUUCGGGGCCCACACAGACAUGCUUUCGUCCCGUACUGCUGCUGUUUCCGAAAAUCCAGCACGCUCUUCAACACUGAGGUGUACGUGACGAAGAACUCAAAAUAAUGUCGUUCUUUCGAAGUGAGGAACAGGGCACGUAGCCUGACAAUGACGAGAACACCGAAUCUAGUGCUCUCGCAGGAAGAAAAAUGCCAUAAUCAUAAAAUAAAAGCUUUCGUUGACAAUUUAACUCAUAGCGCAUCACUCAUACGAAAGUGCAGUGAGAUAACACCACUAAAACAGCAUUUUAUUGUUUUGUGUUUGCCCGUUUGAAGACCAUUGCUUCUUCUGUCUCAUUUAUUUAUUGAUGUUGCAAGUAUAUCGCAAAUGCAGAGAUUUUGCAUAUUUUCUCCAGCUAAAAUAAUUACUUGACGAUUGAAUUGGUUGUCUCGUGUACUGUAUCAGUCAUUUUGAUUUAACAAUGCUUCAUGAUUAAUCUUGUUAUAAUCUUGGUCAUUAUUUUUUAUUAUGUGUUUCUAUUAUGGUUGCUAAUACUGUUAA